AUGUUGCUAAAAGCCAAUGCUUUUGUGGCUUUUCAUUCAUCUGUGUCUAUCCGAAUGGCUCCAAACGCCAAAAGAUUAUCCAUCACCAAAAGAUGUAUUUUGUGUGCACUUAUCAGUCAUCGUUUACAGAAUGUUUCAUUAGCGGUGGAAAUACGACAAAUGAAAACCAAAGCAAUAAUUUUACGUUCUGAACGUUUCAUCAACAUUUCGCCAACCGAAUCAAAACCACUAAAAUUUCAAGAGAUUGAGCCCGGAAAAUCGCUUACCUAUAAGGUGGAAGUAGAAUGCGAUCAAAAUUUUUAUGGUGCCGAAUGUUCCACCUAUUGUAAUCCGAACAUCUCAAAUGCUCAUCAUCAGUGUUCUCGGGAAGGAAAACUAAUAUGUCAAGAUGGAUGGACCGGAGUUUUGUGUUAUGACCCAAUUUGUCCAGGUGGUUGUGGGUAUGGCUCAUGUAUCAGACCAGGAAUAUGCAGAGACUUGGAUUACUGUUAUCAUAAUUCACCGUGUCAAAACGGAGGAAAAUGUUCCAGUGGUGGAAAGGAGAAUUACUAUUACUGCAACUGUACAAACGGAUAUACAGGAAGAAACUGUGAAUUGAAGAUAAAUCCAUGUGAAGACAACAGUCGUUGUGGUGCAUAUGGACAUUGUUUGCUAAAUAAUCGGACAAAAGAUGGUUAUUUUUGUAUCUGCGAUAAUUUACACUACGGCCAGCACUGCGAACAACAAAUUGAGAAUUUUGAUAAUAGCUUAGUUCCAGGAUAUCAAAUCGUUCACAAUCUAUUGCCAAAUGACUGUAGGCUGUCCGGUUCAAGUUUUAUUCCCUCUGGUUACAUAUGGACUACAAACAACUGUCAAAUCUGCAGUUGUGUUCAGGGUAAUAUUAACUGUGUGCAGAAUAGUUGCAAAGAAGUUGGUUGUUUGUGUGGUUUAAGUAGCAGCUUAUGUGGCAGAUUUGAGACUUGUGUAAAAAGUUUAAAUGAAGAAUGCCUAAAACCGCCAUGUUUGUCGAAAAGUUGUGGUCGAUGUGUUGCGUUGUCACAGGGUAAUCGGGAGAAAGAUUUAGAGUUCUGCAGAAGUCUGCGAUCUGAGGACCACAGGAAAUAUUCAACACAAUGCUCUACACUGUUUCUGGAAAUCAAUUUACAAGUCUUACAUAAGGGUACAACCACUGAAGACGUUUGCUAUCAUUUGAUACAUGAAAUUGAACUAUUUGGACCGCUAGGAGCCAAGUCGGUGUUACACUGCACAAAAUUUGAUGAGACGGUUGUUCAAGUUGAUUUCCUUUGUUCACUGAGCUCUCUGUGCGGUGGUGAUUAUCUUGCAAAGGAGGUGCGAGAUAAUGAACGGAAUGUUCAAAUACUUGAAGAAACUCAGCAAUGUUCAACACUUGAUACUGCUGGAGAAGCUCAUAUACUGCAAUACAGUAAGGACUACGACAUAACAGCUAACACUGACGGUUCAACCCGUGGGGGAAGCAAAUGUUCAGUGGCAGUUCCAUUAGCCGGUGAAACCAGCGGAUUUUCAGGCGAUUGUCCGGACUAUAUUGACAAAAUUGUUGUAGUUUGA